UCUCAGCAUGUACGCUAAAGUGGAGGUACGCUUAUCGAUUGAUUCUUGAGCGCAAACUCCGUAGUAUCGUUCUACAGAUAUCUCUCAGUCCCUGCUCAAACACGGCGAUGGAAAGAAUGGGAUUGUUAAAAAAGAGAAUGGUAUAUCCGGUGCAAUUAGAGCUAAACAGAAUGUCGUCCGAUAAACCAAGUAUAGGAUCCUGGUGCGACGGUGAUCACAGCCUGCUCUAUAGCCCGAACAACUCAAGCGAGCGGUUGCUAUCGGGUAUAAUUUACAGAUGGACCCAGAGUAGCGGAUCCCGAUCCGUUGACGGGCCUCGAGGAGUUGGAAAAGCUUUACGAGAAAGUUCCUCGCCUCACCAAACACAGUGAGGAAGAGAGGAGCAAUUAUCGCGGGAUUUGCGAGUCUGGGAGCAACGCUUACAUAUGCAUAUUUUUGCUCCAGUCUUCACUCGAACGGUCAGCUGUUCAUCCAAGAAAGAAUGCAGCAUCUUGUACGCGCGUUCACCGAACGAGCCCAGCGAAUUCGUCGACGUCUCGAUUUCCCGCCAACACCUUCGACCGCCAGCAGCGAACAAGGGGACAACUGCAACUGCGCGAACGCGACGCAGGUUGGAAUAUCAACGGCAAUUCAGGACGACAACGGCUGGUCGAAUACAGACGAUCAGCCUCGGAGUUUGUGGUGGCGUUUUAAAAACAUCGAUUGGAACAAAACUAUAGAUCCGCAAAGUAUAAAAUUGAAACCCAUUUUUGCACCCGAAAUAUCGACGUUGAUCUUCUUGCUAUCUUUUUCGAUAGGUUACACUUAUAUUUACUGGUUGCUGAGCGUCACACUGUGUUUCACUUAUAACUGCUGCGUUAUUCCGUUGCGGAGCACGUUUCCAUAUCAAAAUACGAAGAACACUGUGAUCUGGCUCAUUUGCGACUAUGUCGCUGACCUCUUCUACCUGGUUGACAUUGUCGUGGUCAGACCGCGCGUGAUGUUCUUGGAGGACGGUUUCUGGGUAAAAGAUCCAAGGCUUACGAGGAAAAACUAUAUGAGAAAAUGGCAAUUCAAGAUGGAUAUUCUGUCGCUGCUGCCCCUCGACGUUUUGUAUUUCGCUUACGGAUACUGUCAGGCCCUUCUUAGGAUCCCUAGAUUCUUGAAGAUACAGACAUUCUGGGAAUUAUACAACUGUAUGGACAGCGUACUGUCGAAUCCUCACAUUGUCCGCAUUGCGCGCACUUUAUCCUACAUGCUUUACCUCAUCCAUAUCAACGCCUGUGCCUAUUACGCUUUUUCGGCUUGGGAGGGCCUCGGUAGCAACGGUUGGGUAUUCAACGGCGUUGGAAACGCAUACAUUAGGUGCUUCUACUUCGCGACCAAGACAGCAACGUCUAUCGGCAAGAACCCAAAACCAGAGAACGAGUACGAGUACAUGUUCAUGACUGCAAGCUGGUUGAUGGGAGUAUUCGUCUUCGCUUUACUAAUCGGCCAGAUUCGCGACAUAAUAACAACGGCGACUUACUCCAGAACCGAGUACCGAAAGCUGGUCGACGAAACUCUGGAAUACAUGCGUCGGUUAAACUUGCCCCGGGAGCUUCAAGAGCGGGUGAAACUCUGGUUCACGUUCACUUGGGAACAGCAGCAUACUCUUGCGUCAACCAAUACCUCUGUGCUGCUUCCAGAUGAAGGCAGGAUACUGGAUUCACUGCCAAUAAAGAUGAAGACCGACGUGGCGAUAAACGUUCACAUUCAGACCCUCAGCAAGGUCCAGUUGUUUCAUGACUGUGACGAAGCAUUGCUGAGAGAACUCGUCCUGAAGUUACGCCCGGUGAUAUAUCUUCCCGGUGACACAAUCUGUCGAAAGGGAGAAGUUGGAAAGGAGAUGUACAUUGUAAAGACCGGGCAAGUCCAGGUGAUCGGAGGCCCUACCGGCGACGAGGUCCUCGCAACAUUGACGGAAGGCUCGGUAUUCGGAGAAAUAAGCUUGUUGGCCCUAAACGGUGGCAACAGGAGAACGGCGGACGUCCGAUCCCACGGUUUUUCGAACCUUUUCGUCCUGAGCAAGUCAGACCUUAACGAGGCUAUCCUACAUUAUCCUGACGCCCAAGAAAUUCUCAAGAAAAAAGCGAGGUCCCUGAUGCGAAAGAACGCCGCACGGGAAAGACCUCUAACGGACUGCGAGUCGGAGGUGAUAAAGCUGGCGAAAGAUCCUCCGCUGGAAAUGCCACGGCUGAUAAAAACUGUCCUCCAGGUCGUUUCGGAGGAGUCGAUGACGGCAAGACUCCUGAAGUACGGCUCCCAGCGGAGGAUGCAGCGUUACGGCGACAAGAAGAGAGAAGCAGCAGCGGUGGGCUCGAGUCUCUUCAUUCCAGCGUAUCUGCAGGUGGUCUCGGCGAGCGACGAACUGGCGAGAAAGUCAACCGCAAAGCCGACCCGGGCACCACGGAUCAUGCCAAUUACACGAUCGAACGCUAUUGCAACGUGUUUGAAGAAGAAUGUCAACGUGAACAAUAACACUAGCCUAUUUUGUCACGAAAGACGUGUCAAGAAAACCACCUCCGAACCCUGCCUCGGACUCAGAGAUGUCAACACUUUUCAGUGCAUGGUUGUCGUCCACAGAGAGAUGCACUGACGAAAUAAAGGUUGACCGACCAUUUAUCUGUUCACAAGAGGUUCAAGACCGGAGUAAUUUUUAUAGCAUCAUAGUGCCAUCUGUUAGGACUGAGCAUUUAUUUUUAGAUAUAAUAUUUGUAUUAAAUGUGAUCGAGUGUGCAACGUUAUGUCUAUUUUUACUACUGUAACGGGACCAUCGUAAAAAUCAGUGAAUAAAAUUUUGAAUGAAUAGA